CGGCGGCAGCUGCAGUCUGCUGGGAGGCGCGCGCGCGCGCGGGACGCGGCGGGACGGCGGCGGCGGCAGGCGGCAGGGUAUCCACCCGAGCCGCCCUUCUCUUCUCUCCGUCACCACCACUCCCCCAUCCCUGGCCGUUGCCCGUAGAGGCCGCCUGGCUCGCCCGUUGCGCGCCGCCCGCCGCUGGGCUGCCUGCCGACGACCGAGGCUCAGCAGCAGCAAGCCAAGCCCAAGCAGUGGGGCCCACGCCGCCUGGUCUAGCAGCAGACUCGCUGCCGCCGGUCGCUUCGCUCGCGCAGCUCGCGACUCGCGCCCUCCUCCUGGACGCACCGGCGCCCAUCCUGCGCUCCACCUCGUCCUCGGGGCCGACCCCUGGGAUGCGACGCCUCGACGGCAGCAGGAGGCCGCCGGCCGCGUCCUGAGCUGCAGCGGGGCCUGCGCCCGCAGGAGUUCUCCGCGAGGCCAUGUCCGCCGUGCUGGUGCUCGUGCUCCUCCUGCUCGUGGGGAGCAACGCCAGGCAGGUGGAGCCGUACGUCCCCAGCGGCGCUGCCGACGGCGCUCCCGUCGCCGCCCCCAACGGCGUUCCCAACGAUGCUCCCGGUGGCGCUACAGGCGAGAGUGUCGGCGCCCCGGUCGGGGCAGCUACCUCUGCCCCCAGUCCAAUCCCGGUGCCACCACCAGCUCCCGUCUCACCGAGCCCGAAUGUGACGGCUGCGACGGCGCCCCCGAUACCCCAGACUGCGACGGGGUCGGGGCCUCCGCCGAUGACCACGCCGCCGUCCAUGGUUGUCACCGAGCCCGAAGACGUUGAGCCAUCCCCUUGUGUCCAUGUGGGUGAGGAGCACUGUCCGCCGCCCGGGGAACUGUGUCGAUGCAAACUCAUCCCCGGGACCGCAACCGUCAUCUGCUGCGACGUCACCACCCAGCUGCAGCUCAAGGAGAGUCUAAACUGCCAGGGUCUGGUCGGAGUGAACAUUACUGCACUCCAUGCGAGAAACAUAACUCUACAUUCCCUCGACGUCGGUGUACUGCACCUUACAAAGCUGCACUUGCCUCAAUUGGAGUCGUUAGCCAUCACUGAUGGUCACAUCACCGAACUUAAGGGGCUACUUGAUGCAAAAAAUCUGGCCUGUCUGAACCUUUCAUCAAACAGUUUGAUAGAUGUGUCAGAAAAUACUUCUGCUUAUCUGCAUUCCCUCACUAAUUUAGACCUCUCGGGCAAUGAUCUCAAGCAUGUACUGACUCUACAUGCAGAUGUCCCUCAAUUUGAACUGGACAUUUCUGGUAACAAUAAUCUCAGCUGUGACAGCAUUAAAGAACUCAUGAAAUACAUGAAAAACCUCCAAUUUAGUCAUGAUAACAACACAUAUUGUCUCAAUCCAAGUUCAUUUCAUUGGUUUAAUUCAACUGAAAAAGUACCCCUUGCUUCAGUUGUUUUGCUAAACAAGCUAGAACAGGAAUGCCCUCGUGGUGAAACUGAACCUUGCAUAUGCAAGGCAGUCCGCCUUGACAUGGUUCCUGGAAAACCACCUACUUUUUCAGUUCAAGUUGAUUGUUCAAAUCGACGUCUAACUAAACUUCCUUUAAUACUUCCUAAAAAUACUGUAUCCCUAAAUGUCAGCUACAACAAUAUUAGUAAUUUAGAAGCACUGAGUAUGAAUGCAGCUUACAAAGAUAUACGAGAGUUUUAUGCUGAUGACAAUCAAAUUACAUCUAUAAAUGCUCUUGAGGGAUCAACAUUUAUUGUUAGCUUUCUGACAUUAAGUUUGCGGAACAACAAUAUUUCCAUACUACCCACUUAUAUUUUAUCAAAUGUCUUUGACCUCAACUGGACAGCAAGAACUGUACGAUUAGGCCUCAACCAUCUGAAAUGUGAUUGCAGUACUGCCCAAACAAUAAAGAUGUGGCUGAAUGCAAACUACAAACACAUCCCUGAUUACAAUGAAGUCCUUUGUGAAAAUAUGCGAGAAAGGGUGUUUGAACUGGACCAAAACAAAGUUUGCACUGUGCCGUCUGACUGGACAGAGUAUGUUUAUUAUCUAGUAGCAGCUGAAGUGUUGCUCCUCAUCCUGUUGAUUUCAAAAGUAUCAUAUGACUAUUGGGUUUUUAAGACUGCUGGUUACCUUCCAUGGCCAGCUUCUAAAAUGCCUAAACUUCCAUGUGACUGGGUGUUUGAAUCAUAGCAUAGGUUUUAUUAAUAUGAAUUUAAAGCACAGUAUUGUGUGACUUGGAAUUGAGACCUGUUCAUUUUAUGAAUUAUGUUGUGUAAGAAUUUGGCUGUGAGCCGUUUUGGCAAUUAAUAUAUAACUAGUCAAAUCAGAUUGAAAUAAUACAUUUUUAGACAUUUUAAAUAGAAUUUGUCAGGAAAAAGGGCUUAACUCAUCAUUUAAAGAGCAGCCUUAUAAAUCUGUGUUGUACAAAUUACAAUCUUGCCCAGCUUUUCUGUGUUUUUUUUUCCCAUUGUAUUUAUGGAUAUUGAAUUUUUUGCUUUGUCAUUCCUUAUUAAGCUAGGGGAUGUUUGCCAGAAGACUGUAAUUAAAAAUAUAAUAAAACCACAUCACCAUGAAUCAGUUU